AUGACGCUCUACUACACUCUCGUGUUUUUCCUCCUCGUCGUAGAGAUGGGGCUGUUUAUGCUCCUCCUCGUCCCGCUGCCGUUUACGGCCAAGAGGAAGGUUUUCACGUUCAUCUCGGAAAACCCCGUCAUUUCCAAGAUUAUGCACUGGAUGAGAAUUACCUUUGUCUUCAUCCUCAUCCUCUUCAUCGACAGCGUUAACCGCGUCUACCGAGUGCAGCUGGAGGUCCUGGCGGCUAGUGAACAGACAUCUAAGGGAACUGCUGCUGUUCUUGGUCACGAACGCCUUGAAGUCCAGGCUCGCAAGUUCUACUCCCAGCGAAACAUGUACCUCUGCGGCUUCACCCUCUUCCUCUCGCUCAUCCUGAACCGCAUGUACCACAUGAUUAUCGACAACAUGCAUCUCGAGGACAAGGUCCGAGCCUUUGAGAGCAACAAGAAUUUCAAGGACAACAAGACGACAGAGGUGGCUGAGUUGCAGAAGAAGCUCGCCAAGAAGCAGGUGGAUCUGGAUACCUUGAAGAAGCAGAGUGAGCAGCUGCACAGCAGCUACAAUGAACUCAGCGACAAGCAUGCCGCCUUGGAGGGUGACGCAGAGGCCAAGAAGUCAAAAUAG